CCAUUCUGGCGGGGGAGAUCCACAGUUUUCAUAUUGGUAGGAAUCAUGUCUGACGCCGGAAGUUGUGAUGGGGCCGCAGCCUCUGGGGAUGCAGUUGAUGACAACAUUCAUGGACAACCACAACAAGCUAAUGAAGAACAGGCACCUCCUGCUCCAACUUCUCGAAUUUCAGUCAGAAAGGCAGUAGAAGUAAUCCAGACAUUUGACGAAUACAAGCGGUGGCUCAUUACUGAAAUUGGGUUUGGUGGAAUGCUAAAGCUACCCUUGCUCCAGAAGCUUAAUCUUAAGUUUAGCGCCUGGACUAUGAGCAAGGUCUGCGUUGAGCGUCGAGCGAUUGUUCUGUCAGAAACGAAGAUACUAAAGUUUUUUGCGGAAGACAUCCACAAGGUUUUUGGCAUCCCAUGUGGACACUGGAGUGUUAAAGGGCGCGAUGGUUUCAUCAAGCCAGAAGCAGUAACAUUCAUAAAGAGGACGCUAGGGAUGGACAGGACGGGAGUGCAUAGCCUGCGUGCGGCCGAGGAAUUCCUUCUCCGUGACAUAUCCGAGGCUUCCAGCAAGAUGGAGAAGGAUUGCUUUCAGAUUGCAUUUGUCAUUUUUGUUAUGGGCCAUGUGCUGGCACCUAGAACAAAACAUGAUUAUGGCACCAUAGACUACUGGGGUGCGUUGGCAAAUACGGAGAACAUAUCACAAUUCAAUUGGUGUGAGUUUGUACUUGAGUUCUUGCUUGAGGCAGUCCGACGGCUUAAGAAUGAUAUGAUGGCCAACAAUAUGAACACCAAUCUGGUUGGUUGCCACUUGUUUUUACAGAUUUUCUUCCUUGACAAUGUCGACCUUGGAAUUUUCAACAAGAACCACAAUGUUCUUCCUCGCAUUAGUGACUUCGAUCAGACCAGCAUCAAGAACAUGAUAACAAUGGCGACUGACAUUGGGAAGGGCCCUACGUCCUACUCGAAAUGCAUGAUUCGUCAGGGUACUGAUCUAUGCUAUGCUCGUUGCAACAUUGCUGAUUACACUGAGAGAACUUCCAACCAGCCAGUUGAAGGCGGCAAUAUGGAGGAAGAUGUUUGCAAGUUCACGAACGACAGGAAAGAUUCAGCUCAUGUAUCUUCUUCAGCAGCCGGCAACCUAAUGGAUGUACAUACACCACUACCUAUGCUUGGACUAAUGGACUUUACAGAGCACAUGCGGAGCCGAUACCCAGUCUAGUAUGAUUCGCUGCUACGGUUGAUUCGAUUUUUUCAGUAUUUUCUGAGAUUUUCCCAUCAUUUGUAUCUGGUGGUAGUCAUGGCAUCUAUACUGAUUCUGCUGAUGUAUGUCGUUUUCUUUCUGUGCUGCAAGUUAGGGAUGAGUUGAGUUUUAUACUAAAGGAGCAGAAUGCCAAAUGCCAGCGUGAAAUCAACACCGCCCGCGCAAAUAUGCAGGCAGACAUGAUCAAAUUCGUGGACAAACUAAUGGCAUCAAUCAGCAAGAGGUGCAUCUGCUGUACCGCUAGAGGGUUUACUGACUGUCCGGCAAGAGCAGUAGAUACAUUUCCAGUUGAUACACUGAGGACUGCGAUUGGACAGAAAAUACCAGGAGUCAGGCUCGAUAUGUCUGCAUGCAAAGAUGGCAACUCUGGACCGAGUAUCCAUGGCGAUGACCAGUCAGGACGGCUCCAGAACAAGAGGACACGACAUGAUGAAGGAGCAGUCGCAACAAUGACAUCUCAGAUACUUCAGUUUGCAAGGCAUACACUGCAGGCUAUCAGCAAAAUGUUUAUUGACUUGCCGGAUGACGGCAGCACCACUGCAUUUGGACAGAAGGCAGAGGGACUUCCUGGAAGAAAAUAUGUAUUCAGAUCUGGAUUCCAGACAGACCCAUGGGUCAGGGGUCUGUCCCGCUACCACCGCAAACGUAUGUUUGCCAACAAUUAGAAGGGUUCUUUGCUACGUCACCGCCAGAAGAACUAUGCAGGAAUUUUCUUGUGCAUGAGAACCCGAGGUACUUACGAAUAACGGGUUCAGCGUUGAAAAGCCAGCUUAUUGAAGAUGAGCUAAUCGACCAUGAGGUGAUGUCAGUCAUUAUCAGAAGGUAUUGCCAGUCUGAUCAGGAAGCAGACAAACACUCCCCAUACUUAACGUGGAGACACCCAAUUGAACCGGAAUUUUCGACGAUUGGAUUUGACUGAAUGCAGAUAAUGGUACUAUCGGAUUAUGAUUACCUACAUCGGUGUCAAUCCAGAAAGCACUGUGUGCCGACGCACUCAAAUAUGACAUCACAUCAGCUCAGUUGUUCUUCACGCCGGUCCCAUGACCCAAAGGAUGGAUUGUAGUUUUCUGGGACAUGGUAACCCGCCUCAUGUUUGUUAUUGAUCCAAUGUACAGCAAGAGAAGCCAACCACUGACCACUCAGCAGAGAGACGAGAUUAUAGCUUGGAAGUUACAUGAUGCCUUGUUCAUUUGCUUAAAUGAGUAUUAUGCUGGCUGGCCCGUGAGGAAAGAUGGUUGGAAAGCCACCUUCCCCGCACUUGCUGAUAGCAUUUUCUCUCGUAAUGAAACUGGAGCUUGUGUCAUCCAUAUUGCCCUCCAUUUCGACGGGAAAAAGCUGAAGAUGCCCCUCACCAAGCACACAAUAUCGAAGGUGAAGUGGGAAACGCUGUACGAGUGCAUGAAGUUGCAGGGCAAUUUCUCACCCCAUGCACGUGAUGCUCUGUGGCGCCUUCUUGCACCAUCGGACAAUAUAUCUGAGGAAGAUUGACUCAGCAAACUCUACCGUCUCACAGGGGUCCAUGACCAACAAUGUCCUCUCCUCGACAUCCACGACAUAUAGUGAGUAGCUAUCCAUCAUUGGAACUGGUAGCAUGAGCUGCAUAUCUGAAGUAAUA